ACGCAUUGCUCCGUGUUUGUCUGUUGUAUUGGUUGCGUUGCAAGUUCGGACAUUGUCUAUCAUAUAAGAUUCUCCAGGGUUGUGAGGGCUGGUUGCAUUAUCCUGUCGUAGAAAUUCAUCUGUUUGUUUAACAGUGGUAUCGAACAGUCGUAACCAAACGCUUCUGCUGGUAGCGUGCAACAACAACAGUUGACAACGGACACCUACGAGGCGUCAUUAUAUACGCCUUAUUAACGUACACGAAAAAUUUUGCUUUUCGCUUAUUGGAGGAAAAUGGGACUGUUUGACUACUUGGCUAAAUGGCUGGGCCUGAAGAAGAAAGAGGUUAACGUGCUCGUCGUAGGACUGGAUAACAGUGGGAAAAGUACGAUUAUAAACCACUUCAAAACAGAAGAAUCCAAAUCACAUGAUAUUGUUCCAACGAUAGGUUUUAAUGUGGAAAAAUUUAAGAACAAGUCACUACAGUUUACAGCAUUUGAUAUGUCUGGUCAGGGAAGGUACCGCAAUCUUUGGGAACAUUAUUACAGAGAAUGCCAUGGUAUUAUAUUUGUUAUAGACAGUGCAGAUAAGAUGAGGAUGGUGGUAGCCAAAGAUGAAUUAGACUCGAUGUUACAGCAUCAAGACUUGAAGAACAGGCGGAUACCUAUCCUUUUCUUUGCAAACAAAAUGGACAUGCGUGAAGCUGUAUCAAGUGUGAAGUGUUCUAGCUUGAUGGGCUUAGAGCAGGUUAGAGAUAAGCCAUGGCAUAUAUGUGCCAGCAAUGCAAAGACUGGAGAAGGCCUUCAUGAAGGAGUAGAAUGGCUAACAGAUCAGUUAAAGGAGUUGGUGAAUGUGAAAAAAUAGCUGUUGGAUGAUUGUAUGCAUCUGUUAUACUUUAUUAUACGUUAUAGCUUCCCUUAGUUGAAGUUUUGAUAUACUUAAAAAAACAACAGAAAUUCUGUCCAAUGUUUAUUCUGUAUGGCUGUCUAUACCAAGUAAAACAAUAAAAUUUACCUGUUUUUGGUCUCUAGCUAUAGAGAUAGGUCGGUAUAAAGCAGAUUUUUGGGGAGAUUCAACAUAUAUUAAAACUUUACAUGACAUUGAACUCUAGUUUGAUAACAUAUAAUAAACUAGGAUGUGCUUACAAUGUAUAAGUUUCAAAUAGAAAACUAGUAAUAUUCAAAGGGACUGUGACUUUACAUGUGACAAACUCUGUGGAGCCCAUUAUAAAAAGUUAGAAAGUUACUUAAGCACCGAGAGAGAAAAUGCAUGACGGUACAUCAAGCAGUGCCCUGACAAAUGUAAGCUUGCUGGACUAAUUUACAUCUGAAAUGAACAGCCAGCUGUAUAGGUGUAUGUUCAUAUCACUGUAGUCGUUAUCUGUAAAAUAUUGACUUUUAUCUAGUCCUAUAAUACAAUAUGAAUUGUUUUAUAGUUCUGACUUGACACUAACUUGUAUCACCACAUCACCAUGUUACAUUAUUCGCUUUCCAAAACCACCUACCUCUCAACAACAGCAGCAUCCCAGUCAGCCUUUUAUUCUGUCGUGGUUAACCAUUGCUAUUUCCACAAUAUUUGUCAGUUAUCAGUAGAGGGUUUUGCUAGAAAUGUGAAAUAGGAUGUGCAAACAUCCCCUUUUGGAGCCAUUUUGUUUUAGCAGGGUGUCCAGAUUUCAUUUUCUCCUAACUCUUCAGUCAUAAAGUGUUGAAAACAGGGUGUCCAAAUAGCACCAGUUUUUUUAUUUCAGUGGACUGGUAGCUGGAUAACCCAAUAGUUAAUAAUCGCCAGUGGACACUCAUCAUUGUGCUGCGCUAAAAACCGGUCAAUUUGCAACAUUCAUAGAAGUUCUCUUAUGACUUUGUCCUACUUUGCUUUUAAACAUGAUAUUCCGAGUUCCGAUAGAAUUUUGCCAGUGGGCACAUCUACGUUUUCCCUUUUGUUCAAUUUAGUUAGGUGGGCUGGCAAUUAUGUACUGAAUGUCGCUUGUAAAGCUGGGAGUUUUAAACAGGAAACCAGCAUGUCCAUGCUUCUGGGCAUUAUCUUGGACAUCCAGCAUGGUGUGUGAUCAGGAUCCUGAUGUAGAUAUGGGUUUGCAUUUCAUCAGUUUGAAACAAGUAAUUAUGGAAGAAUUGGCUGGUUGGGAUUGAUGUGUUGGUUAUUUGGCUUUACCUCUUGGGCAAUAUGCUGAUUGCAUGCUGUUGUUGUUGGUGGGUGGGUUUUGAACUUGAAUAAUUUGACAUGGCAGUAUUCAUCUGUGUCCAGUCAGAAUUAUAAACCACAAAGUCAUAUUGUAUAGGACUAACAGUUAUCUGUGUUAUGGCAAUUUAGCUACCAGAUGAAGUAACUUAUUUUUUUAUUAGUUUAUGGAUUGAACUAUGUGCAACUGGUGAUUAAAAUAUUUUCUCUUAGUACAAGUACAAAUGGAAGAUGUACCGUAUAUGUUAUAUGUGAAAGGCUUUGUACAUACAUGUAAUUUAAUUGUAAAGUUUUCUUACAUGCUGACCUGAAAAGUCAAUACAUUAUUGCACUGUUCUGAUAUUUUAUGAUGUGUGCUUGAUCACAUGUACAUUUGUGUUAGAGUAAUGUGUACUUUACAGUUACAUUGAAAUGUAUUCACAUAUCAUAAAACAUUGUAUGAUGUAGUAGAACAUGUGUACUAGUAUAUAUGUGUGUUGUUACUAUACCAUCCAAGUACAUGUACUAUCAUUGUCUUUUAUUGUUUAGGAAGGAAAAAUUUACCCGGCCUUAAAACUUGCAUAUUUGACAUGUAUAUGAGAUAAUUUAGCUACUUCUGUGAUAUUUAUGAUUUAGCGAGAUGAAAUUGCUCUGCCAGGAUAUUCAUUGUCACCUUCAACAUUACGUUUUCAUAACAAUAUUUUAUUAUCCAUGGUGGCCCAUUCAUUCUUUAAGACAUUGAAUCAAAAUUUAACAAAUCAGGUAUUUUUAUCAUUAUUUCAAUGAGAGAAGCUGGGGCUGGUUAUUCAAAAUGUGAUAAAUUUAAACCUUAAGUUUUAAUAUUUGUCUUGACCUAAUACAAAACUAAACAAAACUUUAUUCCAGACUAAAGUUGAUACCGGGCUUAACAGCCAAUACACUUUUGAAAAACUGGGCCCUGAUGUUAAUUAUGAAGUGAUAUAUACUUGAUGUGCCUGUAUGACAAUUGCAGUAAAAGAUGUACAUUUAUGUGGA